GUCAAAUCUGUGUUAUGAAACAAAAAUGUACACAAAAUCGGGCAAAUAGGACCUAAAAUAUAGCACGAUAGAAGCUUUUGUAUCGAAAUUUGAGUGCUAAAAAUAUAUUUAUAAUGUCCCUAAUAAACAUUCUUCUGAGGACCACGCCGCAGCAUCCGGUUCGAGCUUUGCUGACACGCUCACUACACACGGGAACCAUCAACUACCUUCAGUUUACACCUGUUUUGUUUGCCGAGCCUCUUAAGAAAAAGAAGAAAAUUGAUCCAGCAGUACUGAAACAGCGAGAAGAACGUAGGAGGAAACGACUCGAGAAGCAAAUCCGGCGGCUAGAGAAAAACUCCCGCCAGCUGAAACCGAUCGAAGAACUGGAAACUCCGAUAGAAUUGUUGGACCAACGACAGCAACGUACGCGAACCAUCUCUCGGAUCAGCCCGGAAGUGUUGGAGAAUCGGGUGCUGUUGGAAAAGCAAUGGGCCAAGUUCAAGAUGCAGGAAAAGUUGUCCGAUUAUCAACUCAUUGAUCGGAUGCUGGCGGCCCAAACGAAAGCCCUGAACGAACUUCGACUCGAAUCGGAGGACUUGUACCAGAAGGCAGUGCAGCCGGACAUCGAUCUAGUGCCGUUAAAGAUGGAGGGACCGGUUGCGACACCACCAAUUAGCGGGUACGAAAUGCCCGACGGAGAGUACAUUGAUAUUUCGAAAAAGUGGGAUUGAGAGUAAAAAGGAGUAGUACACUUUAACAAA